GUCUGAAUAAGGAAACACUCUCUCUCUCUCUCUCUCUCUCUCUCUCUCUCUCACUCUGCCUCUAAAACACGCUCCGCAUAUUUUCUCUCUCUAAAGGCAGUGUCUUUUUGUACAUAGAGAGAGAGAGUGUGUGUGUGAGAGUGAGUGUGUUGGUUUUGAGCUUGGUUAUAAAGAGCACAGAGCACAGAGAAGUGGGAGAGAAGAAAAAAGAAAAAGGAAAGAUUUUUGCAUUUUUGUUUUGAGCAAAACCAGUAGUGAAGUGACAACAUUCUUAAGGGUUUCUUCUUCUUUCUUCUUCUUGAAGACGUCUAGUGCCGAAUUAGAACUUCGAUUAAGCUAAGAAAAACUGAGGAUUUGAAAGGUCCCCAGCUCAAUGCUGGAUCGGCAAGGAGGAUCUUGGUUUCUUGGUAUGGAUUUGAGAUUGUUCAGUUGAAUUCUGUUUAAUCUCAGUGAAUAUCUCUGUGCUUCUUGUGAAAAAAUGAGGUCAGAUACGGUUCUUGAUUAUGCGGUAUUCGAACUGUCCCCAAAGCAUUCACGAUGUGAGCUGUUUGUAUCAAGUAAUGAACAGACAGAGAAGCUAGCUUCCGGGUUGAUUGAACCCUUUGUCAAUCAUUUAAAAGUUCUUGAAUCACAGGCGUCACCUAUUAGAUUGGAGGUUGAGAAAAGCAACAACACUUGGUUCACUAAAAAAACAUUAGAGAGAUUUGUUGAAUUUGUUAGUAGUCCAGAAGUUCUGGAAAAGGUCAAUAUAUAUUAUUCAGAGAUGUUGCAGUUGGAAGCAGCUCGGACAUUAUAUUCGCAGCGGAGUGAAGACUCAAAGUUUGGUGCAUCAGAUGAUGGAGCCGCAGCAGAUGCCACCAAGAAGGAGCUUUUAAGGGCUAUAGACUUAAGACUUGAAGCUAUUAAAAAGGACUUAACAAUGUCCAUUUCUCAUGCAUCAGCUAGCGGUUUCAACCCUCAUACUGUUUCCGAACUCCAACAGUUUGCUGAUAAAUUUGGUGCACAUCAGUUGAAUGAAGCAUGCAGCAAAUAUAUCUCACUAUGGAAGAAAAGGCCAGACUUGAUCGAAAAAGAUGGCACACGCCCGAAGCAAAAUGCGGUAAAUGAAACAGAACAUCAAAUGCAACAGUGUGCUGCUACUACAAGUACCAAAAAGAAUGAAGAGGAAAAAGUUGAUGAAAGUUUGGAUGUAACCUCGUCUGCAGUUAAGACCAGCCAACACACAAGACGACUCAGUGUGCAGGAUAGGAUUAACCUCUUUGAAAACAAACAGAAGGAAAACUCAAACUCGGGGGGAACCAAACCUGUAGCUCUUACUAAAUCUACAGAGCUGAGGAGACACUCCUCGGAUCUUACUUCCUAUGAGAAACCUGUCCUCAGAAGAAGCAAUAUUGUGAGCGACAUGAGCGUUGAUUUGACAUCAGAAAAGAAGUUGGAGAGUGUCCCAGGGGAUCCCUCUUCGACUUCUUCGUCUGUUCCUCAUACCAUAAGUCUAACUGAUUUCAGUGAAAGCUUUAAAAAGUGCGAUGAAGUCAAAUAUGAGCUAAAGAGUGACUCGGAAAAAGUUGGUGAUGAAGAAGCUUCUCGAGAAAGAGUCACGAGUUCCAAAACUGUCACUGAAAAGAGUUUAGUAUCAGGAGUUGAAGAAACUUCUGAUGCUCAGUCCAGAUCAUUCAUUGAUUCGAAUGACUCUUCUGCUUCACAAAACCAGACUGAUAGUCAUGUUGGUAGGCUUCAGAAUGUCACGAGUGAUGCUAAAUCCAGACAAAGAGAGGAGGGUUAUGAACUCAAAGCCAACAAUGUAUCACAAUCAUCAGCCAUGUUUCCUUCUCGCCAUGCACGAUCUCGGUCAGCCCAUAUAGAAGCUAGUUUUCAGGGGGAUUUGGGUUCUCAACCGCAGUCUAGAUCUUCUUUUGGCAGGAUCAAGAAGAAAGAAGUGGUUCCAUCAGAGGAACAACCAGUAUUAUCUCAGAAACCACAAUUCAAUGACGAUGGGGAGAGCAGGCAGGUUCGAGCUAACAGUAAUAGGUUUCCAACUGCAUCGGUGGAUCAAAUACAGAGGACAAGACAGUCAAAGGAUAAUCCGGGGGCUAAUGAUGAGUUGAAAAUGAAGGCAAAUGAGCUUGAAAAGCUUUUUGCUGAGCAUAAACUUCGGGUUCCAGGGGAUCAAUCAAGUUCUUCCAGACGUGGUAAGCCAAGUGAAACCCAAGUUGCGCAGCCAGAGCCAUCUCAUCAUUCUAUAGGGGCUGCAGACCAAAGGCUUUCUCAUUCUAUAGGCGGUUCUGGUGAUCUUUCAAAGCUCAUGACUCCCUUGGUUGGUGAUAAAGACAAAGGAGGGGAUGCAUUGCGAAGGAAUUUUUCGGACGUUAGCCUUACGGAUGAUUCUAAAGGAAAGUUUUAUGAGAAGUAUAUGAAGAAAAGGGAUGCUAAACUGAGAGAAGAAUGGAGUUUGAAAAAAGGUGAGAAGGAAACAAAAUUGAAGUCUAUGCAAGAGGCUCUUGAGCAAAGUAGGACUGAGAUGAAGGCUAAGCUUUCUGCUUCUUCGUCUGAGAGACAAGAUUCACUUUCAAGUACUCGUCAGCGUGCAGAGAAAUUCAGGUCUUUUAAUUCUCGGUCAAGUAUGAAAAAGUACCAGCAUCCUAUAAACUCAUUUCAGAGCGAAGAAGAUGAAGAUUGCUCUGAACAGAAACCUCGGGCGAAAGAUAAAGCAGCCAGUGGACAACAGCAAUUAGUUGGCAACAAUGCUUCUCGGAGCUCCCAAGCUAGAAAGCCUCAGCCCAACAACAGGAACAUGUCUUCUUCUAAUACCCCGCGAACUGCAGCAUCGGUUCCAAAACCAUCAGGUAAAGUUUCAAACACCUCUUCUGGGAGGCGAAGAUCAGACAAGUCAGUCGCACAAUCUGUUCCAAAUUUUUCUGAACUUAUAAAGGAAAACACGAUACCAUCUUCUUUAGCUGUCAAAACUACUAUGCGAUCACAGGUGGGAAGUAGUGGUCGCACCAAGAAUAUCAAGGAAGAUACAUCUCUCCAAAGACCUCGAUCAUUAAGGAAAAGCUCUUCUGGGAGCAUAGACUUCACAGAAUUUUCCACUCUCUGCUCCGAUGAUAUGAAGGCCUCUCUAAGAGUGAACUCUGAUAUAUCUGAGAGUCUAAGAAAUGAAGAAUAUGAUGAGCCUGAAGCUGAGGCAGAAGAGGUCUUGGAGAAUGAUGUUAGAGAUGAUGAUGAAGAAGAGGAAGAAGUGGAAGCACUAGGUUUUGAGGAUGAAAAUCCAACACUAAGCGAGGUGUAUGAGAAAGUAGAUCAUUCAAGAGAAGAUAACUGUAGUUUCUUGCCUGCCACUGUGCCUCCAACAUUUCUUACUGCUGCCUCAUUAAUGGACUCACCUGGAGAAAGUCCUCUUUCUUGGAAUGCAAACCUACAACACUCAUUCAGCUAUCCUCAUGAGCACUCAUCUGAUGUUGAUGCUUCUGUGGAUUCUCCCAUGGGAAGCCCUGCGUCAUGGAGUUCUCGGAUGAGAAAGAAAUGGGGAACGGCUCAGAGUCCUGUUACCGUUGCUGCUGCUGCUAAUAAUACGUCUCAGUUCCAGUCAAAGAAGGAUUUAAGUAAAGGGUUUAAACGGUUGCUAAAGUUUGGAAGAAAAAGCCGCGGUGCAGAAAGCUUGAUGAUGGAUUGGGUAUCUGUAACGACUUCUGAAGGAGAUGAUGAGGUUGAAGAUAGGAGAGACUUUGCGGAUCGAUCAUCAGAGGAUUUAAGAAAGUCAAGAAUGGGAUCUCUACAAAGCCAUCUCUCUGAGGAUGGGUUUCAUGAGAGCGAGUUCCCUGAACAAGCUUCCAAUAUCUCUGUAUCCGAGUUGAAAGAUGAUCAUCAAAUGUCUGGAAGCAACUUCAAAGCGCAAAAGUCGUUCUUCUCGCUCUCCACAUUCAGGGGAAAAGGAAAUGAUGCAAAGCCAAGAUAAAGAGAUUAAGAAAAAUCUUGCAUGGAUUUGGCUGCGCAGGUAAAGAGAGAAAAUAGUCAGAUUCUUUUGGUGGGUAACGCAAGAUUUCUGGUACCAUAACUCAGACGGGUCCUUAUCAGCCGGCUUAGUAAUUUUGUCGAUUGUUUGUGUACAUUUUGUUUAGCGAACAAGAUUUAUCCGAAUUUUUGUACCUACAUCGUGAUUUUGGCAAUUUUGAGUCCAAUUUGUUUCUGGCCUUCUUA